AAGAAGAAGAAGCCAUAAAUGGAAUUGAAAGGGCAAAGCACAAUUUUCGCGCUUUUUGCAUUACGUACAACCACAACCAGAACCUCUCCAACUAAUCCAACGGUUCAGAUUCAGUCUUCUUCUUCUUCCUCUUCAUUCAUUCAUUCCCCAAAACCUCCAUUUUCACCUCUCGUCUUAACUCCCCCGACUCUUCCCCUUCUCUCUUCCUCUCUAUAUUCUCUUCUUCUUCUUCUUCCCCUUCUUCUCUGGUUCUCUCUCUGUUCUUCACUUUCUUCCCCCCCCCCCCCCCCCCCACGGCCCCGCCUCAUUCUCUGUAACAAUGUCUUCCGCCGAGAAGGAAAGAGAGACCCAGGUUUACAUGGCCAAACUCGCCGAGCAGGCCGAACGCUAUGACGAAAUGGUCGAGUGUAUGAAGAAUAUUGCAAAACUUGACCUCGAACUAACUGUAGAGGAGAGGAACCUUCUUUCUGUGGGGUACAAAAAUGUCAUAGGUGCACGACGAGCCUCUUGGCGCAUCAUGUCUUCAAUUGAGCAGAAAGAGGAGUCCAAGGGGAAUGAGAACAUUGUAAAAUUGAUAAAGAGUUACCGCCAAAAAGUGGAGGAGGAGCUUACAAAGAUUUGCGGUGAUAUUCUCUCUAUCAUUGACAAGCAUCUAAUCCCUCAUUCGUCCUCUGCAGAAGCCACUGUUUUCUACUACAAGAUGAAAGGUGACUACUAUCGUUAUCUUGCUGAGUUCAAGACAGAUCAAGAUAGAAAAGAGGCUGCUGAUCAGUCGUUGAAGGGAUAUGAGGCUGCAUCAGGUACUGCUAAUAACGAACUCCCAUCAACCCACCCAAUCCGUCUUGGCCUUGCCCUCAACUUUUCUGUCUUCUACUAUGAGAUUAUGAACUCUCCUGAGAGAGCUUGCCAUUUGGCUAAACAAGCUUUUGAUGAGGCAAUCGCGGAGUUGGAUACCUUGAGUGAGGAAUCAUACAAGGACAGCACUCUGAUCAUGCAGCUGUUGAGAGAUAACCUCACCCUCUGGACCUCAGAUUUGCCUGAAGAUGGCGGUGACGAAAACUUCAAAGCUGAGGAAUCCAAACCUGCUGAACCCGAGCAGGCCCAGCAAGCGAAAUGAAAGAUGAUGGCCAAUCUACACAAUUGAUGUGUUGAGAUGGAAGAAGAAGUGUUUGUGUUCCUUUUAAAAGAGAAAUUUUUAAGAAUAGCUCUAAAACACAGUGUGGGGAUUGGACUGCACAAUAAAGAUUCAAUUCAUUGCGGCGUUUUUUUGAAAAACCGUUUUGGUUUUGGUUCAACUAAAAAACUAUAUGAAAAAGAAAAGGAUGGAGUUUUUUUUCCUACCCUUUUUUUUUUGUUUCAACUUACUUAAAACAAAAAUAUUAAUCUCAUGUCUUUCCACUCAUUAUUUUCAUUUUACUGAUUCCUUAUUAAAAAAAAAAAAAAAAAAAAAAAAAAAAAAAAAAAACCUUAAGUGGUGGAGCAUUGAAUCAUAACAUAUUUAUUCUUAUUGUAAUACACUAUUUAUAUAAUGAUUGUAUCGAAAUAUAUCCACAAACUUCUUUCUUC